GUUGUUGACAUGGCGCGUUGUCCGGUUGUGGCUCAUGCUCAAGCCACGGUUGAGCCUGGUGGUCGUGGCUGUGGCCGUGGGCGGUCUGCUGGUUGUCGUGGACGAGCCACUGGCCGUGGAGGUUCUAAUAUAGGGUGUGCCCCUGUUUCUGAUCAUGUCGCUGCUUGCCGGGUUCCUGCCGCUGGAGGUGAGCCUCUUGACAGGCGUAGGGGUGUGAGUCGGCGGGUGCCUGCUACUGGAGCUGAGCCCAUACCCAGGCAUGGGUGUGGCGCUCGGCAGAUGCCUGCUGUUGGGCGUGGCGCCAUACCUCGGUCAAGUGGUAGGGGUGUUCGUGGCCGUGUCCCUGGUCGUGGUGCUAAUUCUGGGCAUGCAGCCGCUGCUAUACAUGUGUCUGCCCCUGGUCAUUCUGCUGGUCCUGGGUACGCCGCCGCUCCUAGGCGUGUGUUGGUCCCUGGGAUUACUAGACGUUACGUGCCACGCCAGCCUGUUGGGGGUCCUCCUCGAAGCCGUACAAGUGAUGGCUGGUUUCCUUUUCUGAGCUCGACCGUGGCUGCGGUAAAUCGCAGAAAACGGAAAAUGUGUGUUGAGUUUCGGCGCGCUAGAUACGAAGAACAUGUCGUUGAUGGGCCUUUGCCGAAGGAUUGGCAUGGUUUCUCGGUUUAUGUCAGUGCGGAGGUGAUCAGGGUAGACCGCAACAGAUGGAAAAAACGGAAAGUGUCCAUUAAAUUGCGGCGUCCUGGAUGCGAAGAGAUUGUUGUUCAAGGGCCUUUGCCAAAGGAUUGGCAAGGUUUCUCAGUCAAGUUUGCCGAGUCCCUUAAAGCUUGCUAUGCAGAUAGGUCAUACUACGGCCCUCCGGAUUUCUUGUGCCAAUACUGUGGUGCCUCCUUUUGGUUUGCUGAGUGUUCAAAGUCCAGGUCAUCCUGGACACAUCGUAAGAUGGUUUAUAAUCAUUGUUGUAAAGGCGCUAAGGUAUAUAUCCCUCCCUUUAAGGAUCCCCCGGCCUAUCUCUGGGAGCUCCUUCGAUUCGAUGGUACUUCUCGUGCUAAAAAAUUCAUCCGGACUAUACGUGAGUACAAUGUAUGUUCGCUUUCACUUCGAUGGAUGCUACCAUUGAACGCUCGUUUGGUGGCAGCCGUGGACCUAAGAUUUUUAAGAUCGGUGGUCAAGUGUCUCAUCGUAUUGGUUCGUUGGUGCCUAGCGGUGAUGAUACCCCUAAGUUUGCUGAGUUGUAUAUACAUGACCCAGCUAAUGAGAUUAGACAUAGGAUGAAUGCCUUAAAUCCAGAGGAUAAGCCUACUGGGGUGUGGAUGAGAGUAUUGUGGUUGGUCUUAGAGACAUGCUUAAUGAGUUUAACCCAUUGGUACAGACCUUUAGGUAGGCAAGUAAUAUGAUAGAGGAUCGUGGUGAUGAACCCAUCGAGGAUAUCUCGAUUCGUAUUAUUGGACCUUUGGAGGGCGAUAGUCCACAAUUUAGUUUUCCUACAACCACUGGGCUUGCUGCUUUAGUUGUCGGUGGUGGCUUCACGUUAGAGGCAUCUUCUCAGGAUAUUGUUGUUUGCAGUCGUUCUGACGGUUUGCAGCAGAUAUCUUCUCUGAACACUGCAUCAUGCCUCUGCAAUACCCAUUGCUUUUCCCUUAUGGAGAGAGAGGGUUCCAGGUGGAUGUUCCUCACUUGAUUGUUCCUGAAGAAGAUGAUGAUGAUGGACCUAUAUAUAGAUCCUAAUCUUGCACCUGGAAGUCCGACCGUUGAGGCGUCCUCUUCAUACCCUUCUGGGGGUGGUGAUGCUUCCACAAAUAGUUGGAAUAGGAUGACCAUGCAGGAUUACUAUCGUUUUAUGUGCCAUUACAAGGGUGAUCAGCCCAAUCCAUGUAUAUGUUAUGGUCUCCUCUCCUCUCAGUCGGUUGUCGAUGCACGUGCGUGCAUCGAUGAAAGUAGACUUUGGUAUAUCAUAAGAAAUCAGGACAUGCUUAGAUCAGAGCACAUGUAGGGUAUUACCGAUGCGGUAGGUGAUGGGUGUGUUGAUGGUGAUGCUCUUGGGAAGAGGACCAUUGUACCUUCCAGUCACAUAGGCGGUCGUCGUUACUUCCAUGAAAAUUUCAAUGAUGGCCUUGCCGUUUGUCGGGUGCACGGUGCCCCUGACAUAUUUACCACUUUCACUUGCAAUCCCAAGUGGCCUGAGAUCACCAGUGCAUUGGAACCAGGUCAGACACCUUCUGAUAGGGCGGAUAUUGUUGUUAGGGUCUAUCACAUGAAGCUCACCGAGUACUUGGACGAGAUUAAGUCAGGCCUGGCUUUUGGCCCCAUUACGGCUGGUAUUGUGACUGUUGUGUUGUGUGUGUGUGGUCGUUGUUUUUAAUGAUGUUUUACUUCUUCUGUUGGCUGGGCUGUCUAAUUGAGCUUUUAUGUCCUUUUUCAGUGUUGUAUACCGUUGAGUUCCAGAAGCGGGGACUGCCUCACGCGCAUAUACUUGUCUAGCGGAGAGGGGGUAACGGUGAGAUUGGUGUUGAAAAUAUUAAUUCAUUAAUAUCUGCUAAAAUACCUGAUGCAUUGCUUGAUCCUCUAGGAUAUGCUUUAGUUUCUGAGUUUAUGAUGCAUGGUCCGUGUGGUGAAAUGAACGAUAAAUGUGUCUGCAUGAAAAAGGGUGUUUGUUCUAAAUAUUUCCCAAAAGAUUUUAGAGAUACCACUGUCAUUGAUGAUAAUGGGUUUGCCUUAUAUCGACGUCGUGACGACGGUCGAAGGGUCUAUAAAAAUGGUCAUUACCUUGACAAUAGGCAUGUUGUUCCUUAUAAUAUGGCAAUGCUCAAGAAAUUUCAGGGACAUAUAAAUGUAGAGUGGUGUAAUAAGACACAGGUGAUGAAAUAUCUCUUUAAGUAUGUGACCAAAGGUGCUGACUACUCUAAGGUCAUGUUAGAAAGGCUAAAAAAUUGACUAAAUCUGGUUGUCGUAUGGUAGAUGAGGUUCAGGAGUAUCUGAUAUGUCGGUAUAUAUGUGAGUAUGAUGCAUUGUGGCGCAUAUUUGGGUUUGAAAUACACUUUAAAAUGCCGUCGGUUCAAAGGCUGGCCGUUCAUAUGCCUGGCAUGAAUACUGUCUACUAUCGUGCUGGUGCUGACCUCACGAAAAUUGUUGAUUCUGACUUCUUGCGAAAGACUAUGCUUACCGAAUGGUUUGUUGCGAAUGAGAUGUUCGAAGAGGCCCGAUCAUUAACUUAUUGCGAUUUUCCAUCUGCUUGGACCUGGGACGCUAAAAGUAGGUCAUGGCAUCCAAGGGGUAGGGGUGAAAAGAUUGGCCGCGUAUAUUAUGUACAUCCUUUGAGUGGUGAGUUGUAUUACUUGCGCAUGCUUUUGAUGAUUGUUAAGGGGGCUAGGUCAUUCGGAGAUCUCCGAACAUAUGUUGCUCGUCUUUAUCACACCUUUAAAGAAGCUUGUGCCGCGCAUGGUUUGUUAGGAGACGAUAACGAGUGGUACAUAGCGUUUGAUGAAGCGGUUGUCUGGGGGUUUGGGCAUUGACUUAGACAACUAUUUGUGACUAUGCUCAUGCAUUGUUCUAUCAAGGAUGAGAUGGGUUUCUUUGAACGUUACUGCGCUAGCAUGUACGAUGAUAUCCAACAUGGGUUCCAUCGUGCCCUGGGUAAUCCAAACUAUGAUGUUCCUCCUGAAAGAUUGAGAAAUAUGCUUCUUGACGAGUUGGCCGACAUUUUCUUGAAACAUGGUUCUGAUAUAAGAAGUUUUAACUUGCCGUCUCGCUCUAGCGAAGGUGAGCAGUCUGAUGAUAAUCGUCUAAUUCGUGAGGAACUGUCUUAUGAUGCAUGUGCUCUAUCUAAACAGUCCUUGGUUAUGUUUGACAGUUUAAAUGAGGACCAAUUGGUUGCUUAUAAGACAAUUGUAGAGUGUGUGCAGGUGGGGAAACCGGGCUUUUUUUUGUCUCUGGGUACGGCGGUACU